AUGCUCAUAAUAAUCACACAGAUUUUUGUUUUUUGUGUUCCCGUCUUUUCGCGGUACUGUGACAAGGACUUUGAUAUCCGUUUAAAUACUAUCAUACUCACUCGUAUCUCCGAAAAUAGGGGUGCCGAGUUUGUCCAUAAGUUGUCCGCCGACUCCUUGGAAGAAUGUGUAAAGUAUUGCUGUGACCUGAAUGAGUGUACAGUCGGCGUCUUUGGACCCAAGGGAGGUGGAAAUUGUUUUCUCUUUAACUGUCACAAAACAAAUUUGUGCAAUUUUACCUCGGAAUCUGAUUAUACCGUAUUUAUACAACGCACUCCAUUACCUGUUCCACCAAAUGUGCAUAAAGUUGUCGCAUGGCCUAGUGGAUCACUUCAUGGUUUAUGUGGUCCACGAAAUCCCUGCGUAUUCAAAAACAUGAUCUGUGACUCUGGGCACUGCGUUUGCAAGGCAGGAUUCAUCGAAAAGCGUCGAAAAUGUGCUCCUUCUAUUUGUAGCAAACCGGAAUUGGAGUUUCAAUGUGACGAUGCUACUACUUGCAUAGCGAUAUAUGAUGUGUGUAACGGAAUCGCUGAAUGUUCGGAUGCCUCGGACGAGUUAUUUUGUGAAAAAGAACUCUCCAACUCUAUUGCUACCUACAAAGUGAAAUCUUCAAUCUCUCCUGGAGCGCAUUUUCUUAAUGCCCAAACGUUUCCUCCUCGUGGUGACGAUGAACAUGACUUAUCGGGGAUCGGUUUUGAGCCUUUGAAAGUGCGUUCUCUACGGACACUGCGUUUUGGCCGUAACAACCCGAUGCCCAGAAAUUAUGAGGAUAAGGGGGAAUACGGCUCACCCAACUACCUGAUUUCAUCCCUUGAACCCGAUGUCCCCUCUUUGAUGCCUUCAGAGGCGCGGGAAAGAUCUAUUCUUUCUGAUGACAGGGUCAGUACCUUCCUAAAACGCCCUCGAGGUGGCUAUCUGUCGCAUUUUUUGGAGGACUCACAGUACUCCGAUGAGGAUUCUCCACUGGAACACCAUCGACGUGAGAUAGUACACCUUCCAACUCGACCACGUCAUGCAUCGGUUGAGAAUUUUGACGGGGAAGCUGGGGAGCAUGAUAUUUUACACCACCGAGGGGCUGACUUCGAUCGUGCCCACAAAGUUUUGCGACACAGGGUGACACCAUUGGCAGAGCAUUUAGGCAAGUUUUUCCCUUCGAAUUUAUAUUUAAUGUCUGAUGACAAACAUAGGAUUGGUAGGCAUCAUGAGGAGGCGAAGAAUAGCUCGAAAAGGCCCAAAGCACCUACCGACACUGUGAUUGGCCCCUACUCACAGAGUGGUUACCAGUGGCAUACCGCCGCAAUCCUAUUGGCAAUUGGCCUGGGUUUGACCUCAUGUCUUUUUGGCCUUCUGGUUGGUCGAUGUCGUCAACGCGGUAGAUUUGACCAAGGGGGUCCACGAUCAAAAGCUGUUGCCACGAGCAAUCUACGCCGACGAAUUUUGCGUACACGUGGCCUGCCAAAUAACGAUCUUGAGAGGAGUGGAAUUGGACGAUUGAGUCAACAGGCUGUCUCAUCUAAGGUGGGCACAAUCGUUUGGGGUAGUGAGGUUUUCUGCACCUCGGAAGUGUGUGGAUGA